GAAUUCAAGUGGCCUGCCUGCACAGAACCCUGACUUCAACCCCACUGAACACCUUUAGGAUGUUCUGGAACACUCAAACCUUUUUUGCUCCAGGGCUUUCCUAGAGACAUCAUUGCCCAACCUCUUGUGCUCUCAUCGCUGAAUGAUCACAAAUCCCCACAGCCGCAGUGCAAAAUCUAGUGGAAAGCCUUCCCAGAAGAUUGCAGGUUAUUCUAAUAGCAAAAACGCAAUUGUUUUGGAAUAGGAGCUUCCAUAGUAGGUGUUCACAUACUUUUGGCCAUAUAUGGGUAGCCAUGGCCCAGUUUGAGGAAGUGUCCAAGAAAUCUGCACUCCAUCCCAAACCAAAUGGGCUGAUGCUGCAGUACGGUACCGCAGGGUUCCGCAGCAUUGCCAGUCAUUUGGACCAUGUGAUGUUCCGCAUGGGCCUGUUGGCCACACUGAGGUCCAAAAAAACCAAGUCCAGCAUUGGAGUCAUGGUCACUGCUUCUCAUAAUCCAGAGGAGGACAAUGGCGUGAAGUUGAUUGACCCGAUGGGGGAGAUGGUGACUCCAGCUUGGGAAGGCUAUGCCACUCAGCUGGCUAAUGCAGAACAGGAAGCUCUAUGCACUGUCCUGAAGGAUAUCAUUGAGAAAGAAGCUGUUGACAUGAACGAGGCAGCGAGUGUUGUCACUGGCCGAGACACCAGACCGAGCAGUGAGAACCUGUCACGGGCCGUGUUGGAUGGGGUUUCCUGUUUAGAAGGCCUUAGUCUUGACUUUGGCCUGGUGACUACGCCUCAGCUGCAUUAUAUAGUCCUAUGUCGCAACACUGAUGGUUGUUACGGUACUGCUACGACACAAGGGUAUUAUGAGAAACUCUCCAAGGCUUUCAUUGAGCUCACUACCAAUGCUCCGGGACGCACUGAUGACCAGAAGAGGCUGCUGUUGGAUGGGGCCAAUGGGAUCGGAGCAUUGAAGAUGAGAGAAAUGGCGGCGUUUCUCAAGUCUGAGCUGCUGGUGGAGCUCUUUAACGAUGGCAGCAGUGGCAGACUUAACUAUCAGUGCGGAGCCGACUAUGUGAAAGUGCAACAGAAACCUCCACAAGGUAUGCACAUGGGGCCGGGUCAGCGGUGCUGUUCCUUCGAUGGUGAUGCAGAUCGUAUUGUGUACUAUUACAAUGACACUGCUGGAUGUUUCCAUCUUUUGGAUGGAGAUAAAAUCGCUACUCUGAUUAGUACAUACCUCAAGGAGCUUUUGACACAGGCAGGGCUGAAUCUGCAGGUAGCUGUGGUUCAAACAGCAUACGCCAAUGGAAGCUCUACACACUACCUUGAAAACAUCAUGAAGGUUACAGUGUGCUGUACGAAGACAGGAGUGAAACAUCUCCAUCAUGCAGCUCAGGAAUUUGACAUUGGAGUUUACUUUGAAGCCAAUGGCCAUGGAACGGUUCUUUUCAGUAAAAGAGCAGAGGAGCAGAUCCGGCAGCUAACCAAAGACCCGAAUGCGAGUGAUGAGAAGAAACACGCAUCAAAGCUUCUGGAGAGCACCAUGAACCUCAUCAACCAGGCUACAGGUGACGCUAUUUCCGACAUGCUGCUAAUCGAAGCAGUGUUGGCUAUCCGAGAGAUGACUGUUCAGGAAUGGGAUGCCAUUUACACAGACCUGCCCAGUCGCCAGCUCAAAGUCAAGGUAGCAGACAGAAAUGUGAUAGAAACAACGGACGCAGAACGUCGAGCAGUAACACCAGCAGGAUUACAAGACUCUAUAGACGCUCUGGUCAAGAAGUACAAUAAAGCCAGGGCCUUCGUCCGACCCUCUGGCACCGAGGACAUUGUUAGAGUGUAUGCUGAAGCUGACACGCAGGAGAAUGUCGAUGACUUGGCACAUCAAGUCAGUCUGGCUGUACAUCGACUAGCUGGAGGAGUCUAAAGGCUUCGGCGAUGCGAGCGAGCGAUGAUGCACUACAUGUUCAGAUUAUUUCUGAUUUCAUGCUGCACUUUGUCCAAAAUUAGUGUGAAUAGAGUGAAUAGAACUGUUAAAGUUGUUUUGGGACCAUCGUAUAACCUUAGUGUUAUUGUGUUUACCAAUACGUAAAAAAAAAAAUCAAUAAAGGAUAUAAAUAAAAGAAAGGGAUAUCAUAAUGA